UCAACCCAAAGAAACGUUACAUCGCAAUAAAACAUUGACGCUCAUUAUUCGAGAUAUAACUAUUCUAUAUUCCUUUAAACAAUACAUAUCCACAACAUAUUGAAAUCGGUUUUGUGGUUUCGGAGAUUAGCGUAAACGAACAACGUGACACAAGAUUUAUAAAAUAAACAUUUUCAUAAUAAUUUCAUGAAUUUACAGUAAAAUUAAAGUCAGCUGAUUUUGAAAUAACAUAAAUAAAAACCAAAUUUUAAGAUCGACAAUUUAAAAGAGAUAUUACUCUUCACUGUGAUAUUACAUUAUAAUCCUCGAACUGUUGAGACACCACCAACAGGAAGGAUGGAUAAGGAUAUGACCACAGCUGGAGACACGAACUGGAGGGCAGCUUGCGAGUCAGAGGCUCGAGCGAGAGACGCUUGGCAAGGCAGGUACGGCUGGAUCAAGCGGGAGUACGCCAUUUUGAAUCAGGAGCUGGAGGAACUGAGAGCCCGUAGGCCUGAGCGUCAGGCGCGGGAGACAGCGGGCGAUAGGCGGUCAGUCUUACCUUUCCCGGUCACCACGGCCCGGGACAUCGGCUGGCUCUCUGGCAGGCGGGAGUUCCAGCUGGAAGUGCUGGGACCCUACCCGUACACCGCACCUUCACGCCCCCCUAUCGACCCCCCUCCGCAAUAAUCAGUCACAGUGUGCGUCAACAGCAUUCUGUCUACACUGUAAUAGUGAAAUUAAUUGUAGUCAUUGCAUUUAUGAAAUAUAUUAGUUUACAUUCUCACCGCAA